UCCUAAUGUCAAUUGCAAUUAGACGUAAAUUUCAUUAUUUUAGGCUUGAAAAAGUGUGUUUAAUUGUAAUAAGACAGCCAAUACAAAGUAUUUAAUUAUUUACGCAAAACGAUUACAACUUAAGUUAUACAUGAAUAAUAGAUAAGUGUUAUAAAAAUGGGUUCCUUAUUUGGUAAACAUAAAAAACCUGUAAGUAGAGUGACUGAACAAGAUAAGGCUGUUCUACAACUAAAACAACAAAGAGAUAAGUUAAAACAGUACCAGAAGAAAAUAGAGUUAAAUCUUAAGAAAGACAAAUUGGUUGCAAAACAACUUCUAGACGAAGGCAAACGUGACAGAGCAAAACUACUUUUGAAAAAGAAAAAGUACCAGGAAAAACUUUUACAGGAUACUGAUAAUCAAUUGGAUAAAUUAGAACAGCUGACGCAUGAUAUUGAAUUUGCCCAAAUUGAAGUACAAGUGUUGGAUGGUUUGAAGACUGGUAAUGAUGCUCUGAAGAAAAUUCAUGAAAUCCUUAAUAUUGAUGAAGUAGAAAUGAUUUUGGAUCAAACAAGAGAGGGCAUUGAGCAACAGAGAGAGAUAGAUGCACUUAUAUCUGGACAUCUAACAGAAGAGGAUGAUGAGGAGGUGGAAGCAGAAUUACAAGGUAUCCUAGAUGGAGAUGUUGAGCUACCGGAUGUACCUUCAGAUUCCUUGCCAGAAGUACCAGAAAGUGUUGCAGAGAAACCUCGUAAAGUCAAACAAACCCCAAGCAAAGUUGCUGUUGAGGCUUAAGUUAAUUAUGAGUCAUGUAAAUAAGCUUUAAUGUAUAAUAAUUAUAUUUUUGAAUCAGUCUAUUUUGAGUUAUACUUUA